AGAUAUUUUAUAAGUUUUUAACUCUUUAAAGUUAAUUUUUGGUAUAAAUAUAUGAUUAAUUAAUGAAGGAUAAUAAACACUUAUUGGUGCUCACUAUAGGUAUGCAUUUGUUAAAUCAAUAAACCUUCCUACAUACACAUACGCACAUGAAAAGCAUUAAGUAAUGCAUUUAAAAUGUGCUUAUGCCUUGGUCCUGCUAAAUCUGGUAAAACCUUUUUAAUGAAAAGAUUACAAGGAGGUGACAUGGAUGAUGCAACUCAUACUGUUUCUACAAAUGGCAUUAAUCUUUUUACCGUAAAAAAUAAGACAGGUGAAUUUGACAUGGUCAUUAAAGAAAUUGGAGGUGGUAUGGCACCAAUAUGGAAACAUUAUUUUGAUAAGGUUCGAAAAAUUAUUUAUGUAAUGGAUACAAGUAAUCUUUGUCAGAUAAGUGCAGCAGGAGUAUUACUAUAUUCUUUGUUGGUAGACCCUAGAUUGAAAAAUAUAAAAAUUGCAUUGACGUUAAACAAAAUGGACCUCUCUUAUCGUCAAAUGCGUAAUGAAGCCUUGCUUAUGCUUCAAUAUACUCGCCUGCAAAAAGAAAUUACGCAAGAACUGACUAUAUUUGAAACUAGUGGAAUGACUGGUCUAGGUAUUGAAAAAUUAAGGGAGUGGUUAUUUGAUCCAGCUACUUUAAAAUCUGCUAUAAUUGCCAAUAAGUAGAAUUAACAUAUAAUAUGAAUUGAUUUUAUCUGAAAGUGAAUAUUUCUUUUUAUUUACACUCAAUCUUAUGAAGGUAUAAAGAUUAUACAGGUAGAGAGACUUAUCAAUAUCUGACACCAAUGUUAUUUUAACAUAAUGUGUUACUAAAUUCUUUUCAAAUUUGUUUGUUUAUCCUCAAAAGCAUAAAUAUCAGAAGUAAAACAUCAUAUCAGUUUAAUUAAUUUUCGUAAUAGUUAUAAUACUUGAUCAAAAAGUUCUUGAAUUCAUUUUAAGUAAGUACUAUUUGAUCGAUUUUGAUAAUCAUAAAAAUGCGUU